GUUGAGGCUGAAAAGGCUGCUCUGCAUGAUGAGUUGGCUGCGGCUGCGGCGGCGGCGCCAGUAGUCGUACCGAUAGAGGCUGUUACCCCGGCUGCGUCUGCUCCAACGGACUUGUCUCGAUUUUCUGAGCCUGCCUCUGAUUCGGACGUCUGUGCUUGUCGCACCGACAGUUCGGCGUCGUCUGGUCACGCUGAUUUUUGUCCUUUGUCUCUACCCCCAUUCUAUCGUUCCCUUCUUUCUAAACUUCUGCUGUAUGUCAGCUUUGCCGAUGGAUGCCUUCGUCACCUGAAUAUACCUGUGGACCUUACUGCUUUCCCUCUUCUCACCGCCUCCUUUGAUGCGUGUUCGAUGAAGUUGGCAGGUUUGCUCAGCGAUGUGGAAUUCGCUUUCCACUCAUUCCUCUAUGUUCAACUUCGUCGGGUGCUUUUGCGUGGCUUUGGUUUUGAUCCGCUGAAGGAGGAAUCCUCAGCACCGGAAACUGACGCUGCGUCUUCCGCAGGCGCCAAGAAACUCUCCGAAAGCUGGGCGUCCUUUGCUGCUUUACUCAAAUCAACUCCUUUACCCGAUGCGAAUCAGGCUACCGAAGAAAGGUCUAUAGAAUCCGACGACAUUACAAUUCCCCUGUCACAGUGUCUUUGCUCUCUUCCUCCACAGUCCGUUCAAAGUCAGGUACUUUCGAGCCUCCCUGGAAGGGGUCAUUUGCCGGAAGCCAGCAGAGUUUUCAGUCCAGUGCAGACUAAUGAUGCAACUUCGCAAAUGCCAGCUGAAAGCAGCCUGGCGGACUUCCUUAUUGGAGACCGGGGUGACUCAUACUCCCCCGCAGCAAGGUUUCAGCUGGGUCCUUUCACGCGACCUUCCCAGCACGGACUUACAACCAAGGAUGGUUGUGAAGACUUAAAUGCGGAUGGUGAGGGCUAUGUCCCCUUGGCUCUGGGGGUGGUUCCCCCUCUUACUUCCAUGCAGCUGAGUUGUCGUAGUGCUCCCUGUCUGAUUUGGCCAGAAGACCGCGGAGAUUUGUCGGCUAUUGAAACUCUUCGGCUGCAAGCCCUCUACUCACUGGACGCUUUUGCCCUCAAAUUUUACAAAUAUGGUGAUGUUCAGUGUUCACAGUAUGGUGAACACCUCUUCCCACUGUCCGCGCUUUCUGACCAGAUUGCAAAUCUGCGUGGCUGGCUUGUUGGCUCAAAGGCGAAAAGUGGUUUCAGGAUAUCCGAUCGAAGUAAAUCUGGAUGUGAUGGGGCGGAGGAGGAAGAAGAGGAUAUGACACCGCGCGCAAGUAAAGACUCUGUGAGGGUCUCUUGCGAAACGCAAACAUCUCCUGAACGACAAAUCGAAGUAGGAGAAGAGGGCAGUCCUGCGCCAGAGGAAAGUGCCAGUACUCCUCCAGCCUUUGCGGAGCCGACAAAUGAAAUUUUCCUGAGAAGACUAUUGAACGUAAGGGAUACAGAAGUGCUCUACCUCCUAACUCACCUACCCGAAGCGCAGGCAUUGGCCGAGUCGGGCAGCAUGAAUUCCCUACCCUCAGCAGACUACGUGGAAGCCCAACUGCGCAUGUUUGCGCACUGGGAUCUUGUGUCGCCGGUAGAUGCCAAAUGUCUUCCCAUACACCGCGUGAAGACGACCAUGCCUACUUCACCGGAACGACCUAAGCUUACAGAGUCGCCUGCGCAGACGGACUCCGACAAGCUGCCGUCUUCAAUUCUGGAGGAUGUACGAAAA